AUGAACCGGCAGCUCUUUGCGCACAUCAAUAUUGACCAGGACAACACCUAUGUACCGGAUGGCCACGCGCCCGCCAGGCAGGAGCUCGCCCGCUUCCGCAAACAGCUCUACGGCCCGGAGCGGGAGGCCCCGCAGCGCUCCUGCGGCAGCGGGCGCGUGGAUCUGCAACUGCUGGGUACAGGAACCAGCGGCCAUAUCGGUUUUAACGAGGCUGGCGACUAUCUGAUUGCCGAUGCUCAUAUUGAGAACCUGGCAGAAAGUACCAUUGAGGCCAAUUCACGCUAUUUCCGCUCGCGGGAGCAGGUUCCGCGCCAGGCGUUCACUCAGGGAGUGGGCGAUAUUCUCAAGGCCCGCAGCAUCGUGCUGAUUGCCUCUGGCCCGGCCAAAGUACAGGCCAUAACCCAGUUGCUGACUAACAACAGAAUCAGCACUCAAUGCCCGGUAACGCUGCUGAAACUGCACCCGGACGCGACGGUAGUGCUGGAGCGCGACCUUGCCCGGGCUGCGGGGUAUCAGGAUUGCUGA